ACGUAGUUCUCUGCCCAAGAGCCUCUUCUCCUUCUCUUUCUCUUUCUUUUUCUUUUUUGGUGUGUGCGUAUUGUGAAAAUUUGUAAAUAGAUAAAAGGUGAAACGGUAAUCUGGCCACCAUGCCGUACUAUAACAGUGGGCACAGUCCUUCCACCUAUAAUAAAGAUGGAGGGUCGAGUGGUCCAUCGAGCACAUCGGGCGGCCGCGUGAGCAGUUCAGAGCCGACUUACAUGAUGGAGCAUUUGGCCACGUUCACGGUCACGAAGGAAACCGGUAUUGUUUAUCCAGCGGACGGUAUGCGGCGACUUUUGCAGCUGGAGAAGAGUAACGGCAUCUGGAGUCAAAAGAUGCAGCUCCGUCUGGAACGGAACUGGGUGCUGAUCAUGGACAACGAGACGGGGGCCGUCAUGGAGCGAUUCCCAGCCUCGUUGAUACAGGAACCGACCGCGUUCACGUCGAGGGACCCUAUGGAGAUGUAUAACAACAUUCUCGUCUUCACAGUGGCGGAUGACAGUGGUUCCGGUCAACGAGCAGAAAUGCAUAUAUUCCAGUGUCAAAGUGUCUCGGCCCAGGAUCUCGUCGAGGAUCUGAAAAUGCUACAAAUGGGUAAACUUGUACCGGGUGGUUCACCGAGAGGUCCAGGAGGUCCUAUACCACCUCCUCCAACUUUACCACCGCCGGAACCACCCUUGAACGGUGUGAACGUCCGUGAACAAGUGUCUGCCUUUAACGCUAACAACGCCGACGGUCAAAACGAUAUAUCUCGCGAGGAGAACAACGACGAGGUGUCCUCGACGUCCUCGGAGAAAUACGAACGCGACGUGACGAUCUUGAACCAUUGUUUCGACGACAUCGAGAAAUUUAUCGCGCGUCUCCAGCACGCGGCAGCGGCCACCAAAGAGCUCGAGCGUCGAAGGCGCAACCGGAAGUCGAAGAAGAGGAACCUCGGCGACGGGAUGCUGACAAUGAGAGCGAAACCACCGCCGGAAAUGGAAUUCGUCGACAUCUUUCAGAAGUUCAAGCUAUCGUUCAACUUGCUCGCCAAGCUGAAAGCUCACAUACACGAUCCGAAUGCACCGGAAUUGGUACAUUUCCUCUUCACACCGUUGGCGUUGAUCGUGGACGCGUCUCACGAUACCAAUUACGAUCCGAAUCUACCGAGCAAAGUAGCCUCGCCGUUGUUGACCAGGGAAGCGGUUAAUUUGCUGAUCAAUUGUGUCACCAGUAAAGAGACAGAACUGUGGCAUUCUUUAGGCGACACGUGGUUGAUACCACGGGACCAAUGGAAAAGUCACGUGCCACCGUAUCAUCCGAUCUUCAUGGACGGUUGGUCACCGGAGUACCAAAUACCGGAAGACAGGGAUCACGAUCACCUGGCUUCGUUGUUGAACGCCGACAAACAGAAGAGGGACGAGCUGCCGGAGCAACAAAACGAUCCUUAUUACAAUCAUCGAGAGGUGGACGAGUCGCAUUACAGCAGCGAUUAUUUGGAAUACGAGAGCAGAGAGGAACGAGCUGGUAACGAGUACUUCGAGAGAAAUUACGGACCAGGCUCGGAGUUAUACGGUAGGGAGGAGAGAGUGGUAGAUCAGACGAGAGCGCACAGCGAUAUAUCGGUGGACUCGAUCGAGAGAACAUCGAGAGCCGCCGGUAUGGAGAGAGCACAGGAAGCUUGGUUGGACGAUCUGGUAGCUAGACACGCGAAGAUCGUGCAAGUCACUUAUCCGCGAACGGCGAACAACGACAAAGAGCUGACGGUGGUGAGAGGGGAAUACCUGGAGAUUCUCGACGAUAGCAGAAAGUGGUGGAAGGCGAGGAAUUCAAGAGGGCAGGUCGCACACGUGCCGCACACCAUUGUCACGCCCCACAACCCUUCCCACUCUAACGACAACGAUGUCUUUAACAAUCCUCUUUACACAAGCCGAUAUCCGCGGCAGGGGUACGGCUAUAAUUACGAGGAUUCAGAAAUUGAGAGGACCAGUACUAGUCCAGGACCAGAGGCAACUCAUCGAACUCAUGCGAUUCCACCGCCAGCGCCGGCAGAUUGGGUGAGAAAAGAGAGACUCGGGAAAAAAGAUCAGUCGAACGAAGACACGGUAUCUAUCGGUAGCAGCAAGGCAACAGUGGUCGCUGAAAAUAACGUCGACGAGAAGAAAUCGACUGCCGAUGGUAAUGAAAAACCGAAGAACAACGAAUUAACCAAGGUGGUUGAAGUUCAUCCACCACCUGUGAACGUACGCGAAGAAAUCGUGUCGGAAACGCAGAAAGCGCCGUCGAUAACGCAGAAAACGCCGUCGACACCGCCGUUACCACCUCCGCUGCCUCCUCUGCAAAGUCAGACAUCCGUCACUUCGAUUUCGUCGAUCAAAUCGGUCACGCUGAAAAGCGUGAAUCCACCUAUCAGUGGACAGAAACAGGAGAAGAAAGAGGAGAAAAUGCAGGAGGAACUGAAACAGGUUUUGAUGAUAUUCCGCGAGAAGAAGCAGCAUUACACCGAUAGCAUAAACCGUGAAGCUGUUUUGGACCAAUAUUCCACUCCUAGAGAAGUGCAGAGCUGGUUGAGUUCGAAAGGAUUUUCAGAAAAAACGUGCAAACAGUUGAGAGACAUGACUGGUUCGGAAAUGUUCGAUUUGACCAAACGAUAUCUGGAACAAUAUUACGGCCCUCUAGAAGGUGGCAGACUCUACGAUGAAAUUUCAAAAGCGCGGGAUGAAAGCGUGAAGAAGACUUCCCGAACGUCGGAAUUGAAACGAAUAUUGCAAAGAGCUCGACACAGAGACGAGGAUCAAUGAAGUAUUGACUACCAAAUACUCCUGAAGAGUUGGAAGUUUACAAUAAGAAUUAUACAUAUCUCCGAAGUGUAUGUAGUAAACGACUAGAUACGUAAGAAGAGUGUAAUAUCAGAUUACAU